AUGGCGACCUCCUUUCGUAUCGCCGGCGAGGGCCUCCCCACCGGAUCCGCCUCCUCCAUCAUCGCCGGCGCCGUGAGCGGCUACCAUCUGCUCAAGAUCGUUGGUUACUCGCGCACCAAGGAGGUCCCUAAUGGCAAGGGCAUCGACUCUUGCCCGUUCGAGGCUGGAGGCCGCACAUGGCAUGUUCGUUACUAUCCCAACGGGGACUCCAAGAAUGUGGAUUGCAUAUCCCUCUAUCUCACACUCGAUGAUACCGUUGCCAAAGCCGAGGCCGUGAAGGCACAAGUUAAAUUCAGCUUACUCGACCAACAUGGGAAGCCUGUGCCGGCGUAUACCAAGACUACCGCGAUCAGAGACUUUUCCGUGGGUAACAACUGCUGGGGAUUUGACAAGUUUAUGGGAAGGGAGGCAUUGGAGAAAUCAGAGCAUCUCAAGGACGAUUCCUUCACUGUCAAGGUCGAUGUUACUGUCAUGGGAGAGUGCCACGCGCAGGAGACCUCAUCCAUCGUGGUGCCACCGUCUCACAUGCACCGGCUCUUUGGGGAUCUCCUGUCGAGCAAGACAGGCAUCGACGUUGAAUUCCGAGUCGGCGGGGAGAUGUUCUCGGCGCACCGAUUAGUGCUCGCAGCGUGGUCUCCAGUUUUCAGAGCACAGUUUUAUGGCCCGAUGAAGGAGGGAACCACCAGAGAGGCCAUAUGCAUAGAUGACAUGGAGGCAGAAGUGUUUAAGGCUCUGCUUUCCUUCAUGUACACGGAUGCGUUGCCGGAUAUGAAGCAAGAAGAAGAAUAUGCUAUGACUCUGAAUUUGCUUGUUGCAGCAGACAGGUAUGAUUUGGAGAGGCUGAAGCUCCUUUGUGAAGAUAAGUUGUGCAAUCAUAUCAACACGAGCUCCGUGUCGACCAUCUUGGCAUUGGCGGAGCAGCACCACUGCCAUGGUCUUAAGGCAGCAUGCAUGGAGUUCCUCAGCUCACCGGUGAAUCUGGAUGAGGCCAUGGAGUCUGAAGGUUUUGAUGUUUUAGCCAAGAGCUUCCCUGGUGUUAUGAAGGAUCUCCUCAGGUCCCAGAUUGUUCCUAGUUUACUUGGGAAAAGAAAGCCAAGGGAAUGAACAUGCGGUUUCAGUCAUGAUGUGACCUGCAGUCACCGGUCCAAGAAGUUAG